AUGAAAGAAGAGAAAGUGGGAAGAGAUGAGAAGAAAAUCAAGAAAGCUGCCGGUGACCAGAAACAAGAAGUUGUCGACAAACCGAAAAAAGAAAGCGAAAAGGAGCGACAACGUUUCGGCUCGACAUGCGCCUAUUUAAUGACAACCAUCGGCUACUCAGUUGGCUUGGGAAACAUUUGGAGAUUCCCAGCGACCGCCUACAAAAAUGGAGGAAGCGCUUUCCUCAUUCCGUACUUCGUGUGCACGAUCUUUUUCGGCAUGCCGCUUUUCUACUUGGAGUCUUUCAUCGGUCAGUAUACGCAAUCAGGAGUGAAUCACAUCUUCUUUCGCUAUAUGCCCGCUUUGCAAGGAUUAGGUUGGGCAAUGACAUUUCUCAGCCAACAAGUUAACAUAUACUAUAUUGUCAUCGUUGGAUGGUCGUUUAUCUAUUUGGUCGAUGUUGUAAAUGAAGAUAGCACUCGGUGGACUAAAUGCGGCCAACCGUGGAAUAGCCCCUACUGCCAAUCACCGUAUGUGAACACUUCGGUUUGCAAGGCGAACAACACUCUUUUCUUCAACGGCACUUGUUACGAUGGUGAAUUGGCGAAAAUGUACGCGGGCAAAAUCCGAGUCCCAGCGGAGGAAUUCUUUGAAAACUUUGUACUCCAAAAAACGUCAGGGAUCGACGACAUUGGUGGAAUGAACUGGAAAUUGUUUGUCGCAAUGAUUUUCAUUUGGGUUAUUUGCGGACUCAUUGUGUGGAAAGGGAUAAAGAUAAUGGGGAAAAUCUCCUACAUUACCACAUCGAUUCCCUACAUCAUUGUCGGCGUGUUCUUCAUUCGUGGUUUCUUCUUGGAUGGCAUGCGAGUAGGGCUCGAUUAUUAUUUGUUGAAGCCAAACUUUGAACGGAUAUACGACUUGGCGACUUGGAAAGCUGCUCUACAUCAAACUUGCUUGAGUAUCACGCUUGGAUCUGGUGGAAUUCACGCAAUGGGAUCCUACAAUAGACGAAAUCACAACUCUUUUCGAGAUGCAUGGGUUGUUGUGCUCGCCGAUGGAUUGAUGUCACUUGUUGGAGGAACCGCUGUUUUCUCAACCCUCGGCUAUUUAUCUGUGAAGACCGGAAAACCCAUCGAUGAAGUUGUUACUGAAAGCUUUGGUCUUACUUUCGUAACCUAUCCGGAAGCUAUGUCAACGAUGCCUCUACGAGUAGUUUGGGCUUUUCUCUUCUUCUUCAUGAUGUUUCUACUCGGUGUUUCGACGGUGAUUGUGGAUAUGUCGACGAUUCUCAACGCGCUCUUGGAGAACUCAAAGUUUUUGGCUCGUCAUAGCGGUUUUGUAAGAAUUGCGGUUGUUCUUGCAUUGUUAGCAGGAAGUACGAUCUCUUGCACAAAGGCAGGCAUUUACUUCGUGGCACUGAUGGACGAGUGCAAUGGCGGUAUCGCGAUGGGUUUGAUGAUCAUUAUCGAACUUGUGCUUGUUGCUCAUAUUUAUGAUCGGUGUGGUCGUUUACGUUCGGAUCUUCGCUCAGUGUUUGGACCACCUAGUUGCUGGCUUUCUGUGAUCUUUGGAAAAUCUGGAGUUUUGUACUGGCUGAUUUGGAAAUUUGUGACUCCAGUUUUCUGCGCGGUUAUCAUUUAUAUUGCGGGCUUUCCACCGAAAUUGACAUAUGGAAGGGGAGACAGUACUUACACGUAUCCACAACUUGCCAAUAUCUUGGGCUACCUUUGGGGUAACGCGAGUCUUCUCAUCAUCCUUUACUACUUUGUUCACAACGUUUUUCUAAUGAAAAUGGAGCUUGGGUCAUGGUCAUCGGCAUUCAAAAUACAUCCCACUCAUCCCUCAUACCAGAAGAUUUGUGCACUCAAUCGGAACCAGCGUGAGGUGAUGGACUUAUACGAGAAUCAUCGCGAAUCUGACGUUGAAAAAACCACAUCUCGAAAUUUGAUUUGCAUUCGAUUCCUCAAAAGAUAUUGUCAAACAGUAUUCGAACUUGGGUCCCCUCUUCAAAAAGUCAAAAUGCUCAGUCGACUUCGACCCCAGAAAGCAACAUUGGCAGCAUGCCGCCUAAACUCUUCAUUGGCCACCUCCGAGCCGGCAAAGCCCGAGAUGAAAACCGCCGUGCCCGGCCCGAAAUCCCUGGCUCUCAAGGAGAAAAUGAACUCAAUUCAUCAAACCGCAUCAUUGAGAGCGUUCAUCGAUUUCGAUAAGAGUUACGGCAAUUACAUGAUUGAUGCUGAUGGGAACAAGAUGCUUGAUAUUUACACGCAGAUCUCGUCACUUCCUCUCGGAUACAACCAUCCCGAUCUCGUCAAAGCAGCCUCUGCACCGAAAUUCUUGAGUUCACUGGUUUCUCGGGCAGCUCUCGGCUCAUUCCCCCGUGUCGAUUUCCCUGAAGGAAUCGAGCACGCGCUCACUGAAAUUGCUCCAAAAGGAUUAAAGUUGGUCCAAACGAUGCUUUGCGGUACGUCGGCCAACGAAAACGCUAUCAAGCAGGCUUUCAUUUGGUGGAUGGCUCAUCACACACGUGGCGGAAAUGGACCCGACAAGGUGGCGCUCGACUCGUGUAUGAGACAAGAGCUUCCAGGCACUCCCCGUUUGGCGGUGAUGGGCUUCGAGGGAUCUUUCCACGGACGAUCACUUUGCAUGCUUUCCGUUACGCGAAGCAAGGCAAUUCAUAAGGUCGACAUUCCCGCUUUCGAUUGGCCAAUCGCGAAAUUCCCCCGAUACCGUUACCCGCUCGAUAAGUAUCAGAGUCACAACCAAAAGGUGGACGAGGAAUGCUUGGCCGAUGUCGAGCACAAGAUCGCCAAGUGGAGAAAUGAGAAGGACAUGCCAGUGGCCGCGUUGAUCGUCGAGCCGAUCCAAGCCGAGGGAGGAGAUCAUUAUGGCAGCCCAGCUUUCUUCCAAGGUCUCCGCAAGAUCACUAAGAAGCACGGUGUUGUAUUCAUCGUUGACGAGGUUCAAACCGGCGGCGGAUGCACGGGCACUGGCGAUAUGUGGGCGCAUUCACACUGGAAUUUGGACUCCCCACCAGAUAUUGUGACUUUCUCGAAAAAAAUGAUCACCGGAGGAUACUAUUAUGCGGAUCAUUUGAGAGUGAAAGAGGGAUAUCGAAUUUAUAAUACUUGGGUCGGGGAUCCUACCAAGCUUUUCCUACUCGAGGAGGUCAUCAAGGUGCUCAAGCGAGACGGAUUGAUCCAGAAGAACGCUGAGGUCGGCAAAGAAUUCCAGAAACAACUACAUCAACUACAGGAAGCCCAUCCGGCCAAAUUGGCCAACGCUCGCGGUCUCUCCACUUUUGCGGCCAUCGACUUGAGCUCGGCUGAACUCAGGGAUAAACUCGUCACUCAAGCAACAAACAAUGGUUUGCAUUGCGGUGGAUGCGGCGAGAAGACACUUCGUUUCCGUCCCUCAUUGGUUUACGAGAAGAAACAUGUGGAUCUAACUUUUGAUCUGCUCGACAAAACCCUCAAACAAUUA